AUGCUGAGCGAUGCCGCUAACGUCAUUUACAUGUUGCUGGAGCUGCUGAUUGCCUUGCUGUCCAUCCUGGGCAACGUCUUAGUCUGUUGGGCUGUUGCCCUCAACAGCAACCUCCAAAGCAUCACCAAUUUUUUCGUGGUGUCGCUGGCCGUCGCCGACAUUGCCGUGGGCGUCCUCGCCAUCCCUUUCUCCAUAGUGAUUAGCACGGGUUUCUGCGCAAGGUUCUAUGGCUGCCUGUUCAUUGCCUGCUUCGUGCUGGUUCUGACCCAGAGCUCCAUCUUCAGUCUACUGGCAAUAGCCAUCGACCGCUAUAUUGCCAUCAAAAUCCCUCUCAGGUAUAACAGCCUAGUAACAGGCCAGAGAGCCAGAGGAAUCAUAGCUAUCUGCUGGGUGCUUUCAGUAAUCAUCGGCCUAACUCCCAUGCUGGGCUGGCACAACACCCGCAAGAAUGAUACCAAUUCAUCAAACAGCAGCUGCCCGCCAGGUAUGAUGGAGUGCCUGUUUGAGUCGGUGGUGGUUAUGGACUACAUGGUCUACUUCAAUUUCUUCACCUGUGUUCUGGUGCCCCUUCUGCUCAUGCUGGCCAUCUACCUGAGGAUUUUCAUGGCGGCCCGCCAUCAGCUCAAGCGUAUCAAGCUGAAGGCCGUACCGAGCGGAGAACACAAGUCCCGCUCCGUGCUGCAGAAGGAGAUCCAUGCGGCCAAGUCGUUGGCCAUCAUCGUGGGCUUGUUCGCCGUCUGCUGGCUACCGUUGCAUAUCAUUAACUGCUUCACUCUCUUUUGCACCGAGUGCCAACGCCCGCCAGCCUGGAUCAUGUACCUGGCCAUCAUCCUUUCGCAUGCCAACUCGGUGGUCAACCCUUUCAUCUACGCCUACCGCAUCCGAGAAUUCCGCCACACCUUUCACAAAAUCGUGAGGCACCACGUCCUGGGCCGGACGGACCCUUUACAGAGCAGCAGCAGCAGUAGCAGAACCUCAACCCGCACUAGCAUGGCCGACUCCUUCAGCGUGAAGGUGAACGGACUUUACUCGGACCGCAGCAGCGCCGGUAGCAACUGCGAAAGUAGUGAGCCGAGUCACGAACAGCAAACUGUCUGUGAAGGCUCACGUCAAGAUACACACCAGCCCUCAACAGGUACAAGUAUACACAGACACAAAACAGACCACCCUUUUAGACACCCACAGGCCCUCCUUAGAGGACAGGCUCCGUGCUCUUCGAAAAGAGGCCCCGGAGUAGUAGAGGUGAGAGAUGGAAAAGGACUGGGGGAGACACAUGUUCACAUUAAAUCCGCUCUGUACAAACACAUAUCUCGCUGUCCCGAACUCACCGAGGUGUCCUGAU